GUCAAGUCACAUACUCCAGUACCUUUUAUGCGAUGCUAUUGUUCAAUUUGUCGUAAAGUUGACGGUGGUGGUGGAUACUCCAUUAAUUAAUAUUAUGGGACAAGCACGUAUCAUACGGAUUAGUGUUUG